AUGACCCAGCAGAUGCAGAACCUGCAGCUGUCUCAGAACAGGAAGUGCCCCAGCGGGCCGACCUCCCCCAGCGCUGCUAAGCGUCUCUACAGGAACCUGUCAGAGAAGCUUCGGGGAAGCACUUCCUCCUUCGAGGACUCCUACUUCUUCGGGAAGACGGACCGACUCCGCAAAGCCUCGGUGAGUCUAAAUGGCAGCGACUGCAUCCUGGAGGCGGUGGAGCAGCAGGACCUGGACGCGGUGCAGAUCCUUCUCUUCCAGUUCUCUGCUGAGGAGCUGGACCUGAACACUCCUAACAGCCAGGGUCUGACCCCGCUGGACAUCGCCAUCAUGACCAACAACACGCCCAUCGCCAAGCUGCUGCUGAAGGCCGGCGGCAAGGAGAGUCCUCACUUUGUGAGCGUGGAGAGUCGCGAGGCCCACCUGACCUCUCUGGUGGUGGAGGCGGAGCAGCGGGCGGCCGACCUGGCGGCUCAGGCUCAGAGAGACGGACUGUCUCUGGAGGCGUGUCACAAAGACAAACAGCUGAGAGCCUGGGAGUGGAGGAGCAAGCUGUACAAGCGCAUGAAGACCGGCUUCCAGCACGCACGAGCCCCGGAGGCCCCGUCUAUGGUGCGUCUGAGCGUGAGCAGUAGCACCACGCUGACCGUCACCUUCCAGGAGCCGCAGUGUCUCAACUCCACCGUCGUCACCAAGUACAGAGUUGAGUGGAGCUGUCUGAAGGAUUUCUCUCUGCUCGCUGGUGAAAUGGUUUUGGAUAAUCUGCAGACGCUGAAGUGCACCAUCAGCAGCCUCACCACGGGUCGACUUUACUACGUCAGAGUAUCAGCUUAUAACAUGAAGGGCUGGGGUCCUCCUUCUUCAUCCCUCCCUCCAUCCGCUGCUCCAUCCAAUUGGAGGGAGAGCGACGGCCGGGAGCCGAGGAGGCGGGGCCACAUCGAGGCCAUGGAGCGUCUGCUGCAGCAGGUCCGAGCCACGCACACACACUACUGCUGCGGAGACACGUCGAAGCUUCAGAACCCGAGCAGGAAGCAGUCCGUCUCCAGGAGCCUCAAGCAUCUCUUCAACUCCUCCAACAAGUUUGUGAAAACACUGAAAAGGGGCGUGUACCUGGCCACGGUGUUCUUCCAUAAGGACAGCCUGCUGGUGACGGCGGAGGAUCAGAUCCCCAUCGUAGAGGUGGACGACUCGUACAGCAGCUCCCUCAUGCAGGACUUCCAUUGGUUCACCAAGCUGUCCUGUAUGUGGGAGGACGUCCGCUGGCUGAGACAGAGCAUGUGUGUGUCCAUGUCCUCGUCCUCCACGCUGCAGGCUCGACACAAGAUGCUGACGGCCGCCGGACAGCUGCAGAACCUGCUGGGAACUCACAACCUGGGUCGCGUCCACUACGAGCCCAUCAAGGAUCGCCAUGGCAACGUGCUGCUGGUCACCAUCCGAGACACGGAGAGCCAACACUCGCUGUUCAGCGGGAAAUGGAUGCAGGUCUCCAAGCUGCAGAGCCAGAGGAAGUCUCUGUCCACACCUGAGGAGCCAUACGCUCUAGAUAUCCUCAUCAUCACCAUCCAGGACAUUCUGGCCUAUCAGAGGCGCAGCUGUCACAGACUGGCUCCAGGUCUGUAUCUAGGUUACCUGAAGCUCAGCAGCUCUGUGGAUCAGAUCAGAGUCCUGGUGUCACAGCGGACCCCAAACAUGCUCUGUCACACCCGCAUCAGAGACAACGCCAACGUGUCCAGGGAGGAGUGGGACUGGAUCCAGACGCUGUCGGCUGAGGAGGAGGAGGAGGAGCGGCGGCCUCGGGCGGAGGGACACGCCCCUUUACUGUACUACGAGCUGCAGACAGCGAUCAAAUCCCUGCUGAAACACAUGAACCUACCUCUGCACCAGGCCCGUCACUUCCGUCUCUACAGUCAGGAAGUGGUGGAGCUCGGUCAUGGCGUCUCCUUCCUGCUGCUGCUGCCGGCUGCAGACGAUGUUUGCUCCGCCCCCGGCCAGUCGAACCCCUACACCACUCUGUCAGGGUUCCUGCACCUCCCUCUGCAGAUGUUUGAGCUCGUUCAUUUCUGCACCUACAAAGAGAAGUUCAUCAGUCUGUACUGUCGCCUGUCCUCCGUCCUCGACCUGGACGCCCUCAUUACCCAGCAGGCACUGCGGGAGGCCAUCACCGACAGCGAGGUGGCCACGGCCAAACAGAGACACCAGCUGAUCCUGGACUACAUCCAGCAGCUGGAUGAGAUGCGUCGUGACCUCCGCUGGAUCACCGACGCGCUGCAGUACGCUCGCUACAAGCAGCCCCGCGGCGGCGUGCCGGUCACCUGCCUGGUGGACGCCAGCGCUGCAGAGAGCAGCUCCAGCCAGCAGAAGAACGACUCCACCUCCUCCAACAUGGACUUCCUGCCAACGCCGUCGCCCUCGCCUGAACUCCGCCGGAGGAAAACCAUCAGCGACUCGCUGCUCGGUUCAGAAGACGACUGGUCCUCGGAGGUUUUCCUGCCGACGGACAGCGACUACGACUCCAGCGACGCUCUGAGCCCCCGUGAGCUGGACCUGCUCUACUCGCCCCCGCAGGAUCUUUCCCAGCAGGCCGUUCACUCGCUGGGGGGCAGCGCUCCCGACGUGCUGCAGAUCCACGAGCUCAGGUCUGUACAGCGUCUGCCCCCCCAGAGACCCUCCUCUGUCCCCGGUGACCUGCCUCUGUCCCUGCCACUGUCCCCCGGGCUGUCCGACGCCACCAAGACUCUGGAGGGUCUCUCGCUGACCCGGGAGAGAGUCACCCCGAACCCCCCCGCCAAACGCAAACUGCUCUCCAGAAGCCACCGGGGCCAGUACUUCAGCGGGCCCCAGCGCUGGCUGCGAGGUCACAGCGGCGAGAUUUACUCCGGGUCUUUAUCUGAGGGGGUUUACACCAAGCAGCACGACUCAGACCUGCCCCUCCCUGGAGUCCUGUCCCCCCCCCCUCUGCAGCAGCAGGGCAGCACCUACGUCAGCCACGCCUCCUGCGUCCUGGAGAGCCGCAAGGGCCGACAGCGGGAGCCGCGGCCCCACGUCCGUAGGAUCUUCGUGGAGCCGUGUACGGAGCUGUCGCCGGGCCAUGAGAGGAGGGGCUGGGAGGGGGAGGUGCCGGAGGGGGUGAGGGGGGCCGGGGUGUCUGUGGUGGUGGCGGAGGUGGAGUCAGGAGGGGAGGAAGGGGAGGGGCCAAAAGGAGCCGCCGCCACCCAGGACGUAGACUCAGACGACCAGACCAACGCACAGGUGUCAGAGAUCCUCAGCAGCACGCUGUAG